GUGACAGGUUGGGACACAAGCUGCGGCAGGCCUUGGAGCAGGAUCCAGCUGCCAACGCAAUCUGUGCUGUGUUCCAACAGGCAGGAAGAGGCAGUGGCCCCCGCCGUGUACUUUGGCCCCUGGGGAGCACCCCAGGAUGGAUGUGGGAGCAGCUGCCAGGGGGAACUGAAGGCAUCAGUGGAGCCAGAGACCCCCUGGGCUCAUAAAACCUCCACGUGACCCAGUGGCAUAACCCACCGCAGCAGGAAUGCAGUCACCUGCCCACCCACGAGCCCAGAGCUGUGAGAUCCUGUGGCCAGACCCCACCCAGCGCUUCUCUGUGAGGCCACUGCAGGCGCCCACAGUCCCCCGGCACCGCCGCCUGCAGGAGCUGGUCCGGCUCUUUGAGCAGGACACAACCACAGAGAGCAGGCUCGAGACUCCCCACAGCAGAGCCCAGACCAGACUGCAGAACAGGGGUCAUUCCCCCAGCCUGGGUGACAGCCGGGCAGAACCUCUCGGGGGAACAUGGCCUCCCCCGAACCAGGUGCCCACAGGGCAGGGGGGCCCUGGCGCCCGGCCCAGCUGCUCUGUCAGGGAGCAGGUUCAGGCCUUUGAGCUGCGUUUUGGGCCCCCACAGGCCCCCUGCAUGGCUGCAGCCCCCCACAGCAGAGGUGGGCAGGGGGGAGGCCCAGGGCCAGCCAGAGCCCACCAGAGUUGGUGCAGGGAACAGAAGCCUUGGCCCCCAUGGAGAGGGGGGCAGCUCCCAGGACCCUCAGCCCUCAGGCAGCCACAGCCCGGCAGCUUGGGGGCCAGCAGAGACCUGAGCCUGACAGCAACCAGGGCAGGAGCCGACCCAGGGGGGAGGGCCCGAUUGGCUCCCUGGGGGCUGCCCCAGGCCCCCUCCACUCCCCUCGCUCUGCAGCUGGGGCAGGCGGGCAGCCCCCAGGCAGCUCUGGAGCUCAGCGCUGGUACAGAAGUAGGGGCCUCCAGGGAGGGGCAACUGCGAGGCCUAGCUGCCAGGGUACCCCGCUGCUCCCCGGCACCCUCAAGCCCAGUGGCCCUACAUCCCUGGGGGCCCCCCUGGAGUUGCUUGGCCCAGCCAGGCCCCUUCACAUCUUCCCCAAUCCCCACCUCGCUGCCCCCAGAUACCGCCGUUCCCAGGCACCGGGACCUGGGGCUGCUCGCUGCUGCACAUUGUAGCCUGGGGGAGUCUGACAGGGAAGACUCCGACUCAGCAGUGCCAGAUGGGCAAAGCCAACAUGACCACAGGAGCUUCACCCUCAGCCUGGCCGAGCUGUGCGACUGGGGCUUGGACAGGAAGGAGGCUCCACAGGACGAGGGUGCCAGGGCCAAGACCUGCUCAACACCGCUGAACUCCAGCAUGUCCAGUGCGUCACUGAUCCCAGCCACCGACGUGGAGCUGAUGCUAGAGGAGGCAAAAAGGCUGGGGGAGGAGACACUGCAGCACCUCGAGGACAUCCAUGUGAUUGUGCUGCACAAGGAGGAUGGCACUGGGCUUGGCUUCAGCCUUGCAGGGGGCACUGACCAGCACCGGCCAGUGACGAUCCACCGUGUCUUCACUGGCGGCCUGGCCGCACGGGACGGCUCCCUGCAGCCGGGCGACGAGGUGCUCUCCAUCAACGGGCACCCACUGGGGGACUGCAGCCAUGCACAAGCACUGUGGGUGCUGCACAGGGCCCGAGCUGCCCGCCAGGCUGUCGUGGUGCUGCGCAGAGGCAGCAAGGAUGUGGCCCCCAACGGGACCCCUCCAUUUGCGCCAGAGGAGCCAGCCACGGUGCUGUCGGUGCAGCUGAUGAAGGACUCUGGGGGCCUGGGCUUCAGCCUAGCUGGGGGCCGGGGCUCACUGCGUGGGGACCAGCCGCUCACUGUCCAGAGGGUCUUCCUGGGUGAGGCGCUGGGGGGCAGGAGGGGUGACUGGCCAGAGGGGUGGUACCAGAUCUGGAUGGAGGGCAAAGCAGGGCAGGGCAGGAUGGGUCGAGUCCGCCCGCCUGAGGACAGUCAAGGCGAGGAGGUUGCCACGACGUUGCGGCGCGACACUGGGCGGUCGCGCUUGAUGGCAGCGGGGCGGGGAGAGAGGCUCCCGCUUGACGGUGGCGUGGCCUCGCGGCAGCGUCGCGAGAGCUGCUACAGCCCUUAG